CCGCUGUGAGUUCGAGACCAACCUAAGUUACAAAGUGAGACCCUGUCUCAAGACCAAAAAGCAAAAUUCAUAUUUGAAAUGAAUAGUAUGUAUACGUUAUGGAGGAGAAAGCACAGAUCUUGGUGAGCUUCAGGAGAUUUCAGUUGAAGACUUUAAAAUAGCAGCAAAGAGGCGGGACCUAGUAUUUGAGGUCUACCUGGUCUGCAUAGCUAAUUCCAGACCAGCUAGAACGACAUGGUUAGAUCUUGCCUCAAAAACAAAUAAAAAGUAUCAGCAGUGCUCCACCUCCAAACCCCACAGAAUUUGUUGAAACUAAGUGAAAUCAGAUAGUUAUCUUCAACUCAUAGCUUUCCAAACAGGACAUAACCUCCUUAUACUUCAGAUCUGCUUAUAUUACUCAUUAAAUGCUCAUUUGUUGCCUGUAGUCUGAGGCUUGUGCUCAGGAUGUCCAGACCAGCUUGGGACGUAUUGAGACACUGGAUGUCAAAAAGAAACAGAAAAAAACAACCCAGAACGGCAACAUAAAUGAUACUUAGCUUCCUGUGGUAUACUGAUGAACAGAACUCUACCACCGCAUACCUCAGGUUUGCCUAAAGAGAUCUAUGCAAGAACAUUCUUCAAAAUCACUGCACCAUUAGUAAAUAAACGGAAAGAGUACUCAGAGAGAAGAAUUAUAGGAUACUCAAUGCAAGAAAUGUAUGAUGUGGUAUCAGGAAUGGAAGAUUAUAAGCAUUUCGUUCCUUGGUGUAAAAAAUCAGACAUAAUAUCUAGGAGAUCUGGGUAUUGUAAAACCCGAUUAGAAGUUGGGUUUCCUCCUGUUUUGGAGCGGUAUACAUCAGUUGUAACCUUGGUAAAACCACAUUUAGUAAAGGCAUCUUGUACUGAUGGGAAACUUUUCAAUCAUUUGGAGACUAUUUGGCGUUUUAGCCCAGGUCUUCCUGGCUAUCCAAGAACUUGUACCUUGGAUUUUUCAAUUUCUUUUGAAUUCCGCUCCCUUCUGCACUCUCAGCUUGCUACACUGUUCUUCGAUGAAGUUGUGAAACAAAUGGUAGCUGCCUUUGAAAGAAGAGCAAGUAAACUGUAUGGUCCAGAAACAAACAUUCCUCGGGAAUUAAUGCUUCAUGAAAUUCACCACACCUAACAGGAAAAUAAGAGCUGGCACCACCUACUUUUAACUAGCUUAUUUACUUUUAGGAAGUCCUCUCACCGUCCACUGAGAAGUCAGGAAGCAUUUGUUAAGCUUGCCUUGAUUCUAAACCCACUUGCUCCAUUGAAAAUGUGUGCAAUGAAUAUGGACCCUCUUGUACAUAGAAUUAUUUCUUCUUCAAUCAAGUGUAACUCAAAGUAAUGUGUACAUUUGCAGGUUCUACCUUUAUAAUAAUGGUUGUCAUCACUGUUGCUAGGAUACUGCAUCCCUCGUUUGAGUGGGAAGUGGAACUAAAGUCUUUUAAUUAUCCCCUUACGUGAAAGGGUAGGUAAGAUACAGUGUGUGUUAUAUUAGCCAUAUCAUGUUUAAGUUAUUAGGUUCAGGGUAUUUGUAACUUAUUGAUAUUGGGCCUGCCAUAUGGCUUAGGAUAUUUGAAUAAUCAUAUAUUUAACAUUAAGACUUUGAUUUAAAGUACUGCUAAUGAAGUCUUAGCACUUUGAUAUUUUUAGUUGUACUUGUAGGUAGCAGUAGAUAAUUCAGUGUAGUUGGGAAGUAGCUCCCAGAUGCACUGAGUAGGUUUUUGUUUUGUUUUUUGUUUUUGGUGAGUGGUCCAGAGCACCAAGCUACUUUUCCAAACAUUUGAAACCUCCCCUCAGGUGCUUUGCCUGCACUUUCAAAAUGCUAAUUUUGUGUCAAAAUCUUGUCUGCCACUGUAGGUAGCAGAUAAAUAAGUUAAUUAAUACUCCUCUGCACUGCACAUCCCAUUUUCUAUUUAUUGUGCAUAUUCGCUUUCAAUAAUAUUCUAAACUGUUAUUUUUUUUAAAACAAAUCAAUGUAAGCGCUGAAGUGACUUAAUAAAGCUAAUUUGUUUAUUUUUGUA